AUGGCCGUACUCAACUCUAGUCGCGCGUACCCGCGCAGUCAAGCUCGUCAUGCCGUUCACCUACGCGCAGACCCGUCAAGUGCCUCGGCCUCAACAUUAACGGCCACCGCCACUCCCACCGCUGAAAGCAGCCACCAUGAUGAUCACGAGCUGACGCCCGCGACCAAAGCUUUGGCAGUUUUGGUGGUCAUAUUCGGACUCCUAGUCAUCGGUGUCGUCGCUUGGAGGAUUGGAGUUUGGAGACGGCGUAAAGUCCGCGCUCGCACUGGCGCCGCGUCCCGCACGAUCAAUAUUGCGUCCAUGCGUAAGACGUUCCGGAAGGCGGUACCCCUUUACUUCAACGACACACCUUCGACACCUGGACUGGAGAAGGGCGGCAUGGAUACCAGCAGGGAGGUCAACGUGCUCCUGCCCGGCAAGCACACCGCAAGCAUGAAGACGGUGAAGACGUUCGUGCAGAUGCCCUCGCCGCCGCCGACCUACCAAGUGAGCGGGAACGCCACCUCGGGGCAGGUCCCGCCACCAAUCUCCAUCCCCAUCACCGCGCGCCCUCCGGGAAUCGACUCCCUCUCAAAGGAGCACUCGCACUCGCAGUCUCCCAUCGUCCCCACGCCACGCACGGCGUCGUUCGGUCCCGAGGGCAAGUCGCGCCCGUCGACGAUGUCGUCCAAGAUCUCGAACGGCCUCCAGCCGCCGGCAGACCUGCCGCGCAUCGUGACGGUGCUGAACACAUUCGUUCCGUCGCUUUCCGACGAGCUCUCUAUCAGGCUCGGCGAGACGCUGCGCAUGCUGGAGGAGUACGAGGACGGGUGGUGUCUGGUGCAACGCAUCAGCGCUCCGGAUGAGAAGGGCGUGAUCCCCCAAUUCUGCGUCCACUGA